UGCCCCUCUCUCUCUCUCUCUCUCUCUUUAAACCACUUGAUACUACUCUCCUCGACUAAAUUCCUUCCACCUUCCCUGACUACCGAGGAACAGUCAUGGCGGCUAUUUCUUGCCAAAAUGCAGUUCAAUCAAGCAAGCUUCCUCUGUCUUCUUCUUCCUCUUUCUCCGGUAAGAAUAUUCGCAAAUCAUCCCGAUUUCCCGGUGUAUCAUUCUUCUCUCCGGCCACUUUCUCGGCUACCGGGCGACGACUCUCCUGCCAGGACUCCUCCACUACCUCACCUUCCGCUUUGGUCGAUGUCGAAGCAAAAAAGGAACUCAAAGAUUUUCUGCACAUUAGUGAUUUUGAUAAAGACACCAUAAUUAAGAUCUUAGACAAGGCUGCGGAGGUCAAGGCACUUCUAAACUCGGGAGAGAGAACAUUUCUUCCUUUUAAAGGGAAGACCAUGGCAAUGAUUUUUGCAAAGCCAUCAAUGAGAACACGUGUUUCAUUUGAGACUGGAUUUUUCUUGCUUGGGGGCCAUGCCAUAUAUUUAGGACCUGAUGAUAUCCAGAUGGGAAAGCGUGAGGAAACUCGUGAUGUUGCUCGUGUUUUAUCUCGCUACAAUGACAUCAUUAUGGCACGCUUGUUUGCUCAUCAGGACAUUCUUGAUCUGGCUAAGUAUGCAACUGUACCUGUCAUCAAUGGUCUAACAGACUAUAACCAUCCUUGCCAAAUAAUGGCCGACGCCCUUACAAUUAUUGAACACAUCGGUCAAUUGGAAGGAACUAAGGUUGUCUACAUUGGAGAUGGAAAUAACAUUGUCCACUCUUGGUUGCUUCUGGCAUCUGUUAUUCCUUUCCAUUUUAUUUGCGCCUGUCCCAAAGGUUUUGAACCAGGUAAGGAGACAGUUGAAAAGGCAAAACAGGCUGGAAUAAGCAAGAUUGAGAUUACAAAUGAUCCAAAAGAAGCUGUUAGAGGAGCUGAUGUUGUUUACUCAGACGUGUGGGCCAGCAUGGGGCAGAAGGAAGAGGCUGCAUAUCGCCGUCAAGCAUUUCAAGGAUUUCAGGUGGAUGAAACUCUAAUGAAGUUGGCUGGUCCAAAAGCCUAUUUUAUGCAUUGUUUGCCAGCAGAAAGAGGGGUAGAAGUGACCGAAGGCGUAAUUGAGGCCUCAAAUUCCAUUGUCUUUCCUCAAGCUGAGAACCGUAUGCAUGCACAGAAUGCUAUAAUGCUUCAUUUACUGGGCUUUUAAUAACCUGGUGACCACCAUUUGUUAUUGUGGCCAAGUUGCGGUUUUGUAAGAGAUCGAAGUCAGUACUUUUGUUUUGUAAGAUUUCGCCUUAAAUUAUUUGUAAAGAAGUACGUUUUAUCGUCUCCAUUUGGUGUUAGGACUUGUAAACCUUGAGUUACUGUCUCAUGUUUAAUAAAUUGUUAGCUUUUCCGAGA